GCGGGGCCGAACCGCAGCGGAGCGAGCCGAGCCGAGCGGGGCCGAACCGCAGCGAGCGGCUGAGGCGCCAUGAGCGGCCCUGCGGAGGAUGAGAAGCUGCGGCUGCAGCAGCUCCGCGUCCUGCGGCGCCGCUGGCUGCGGGACCAGGAGCUGAGCCCGCGGGAGCCCGUCCUGCCGCCGCGGCGGCUCGGGCCCGUGGGCGCCUUCUGGGAGCGCUUCCUGCAGCGCGGGGAUCCCUGGCGGCAGCAGGUGCACAGCUUGUACCAGGGCGGCCGCUUCGUCAUGCUGAGGGUGCUGCUCCCCGCCUGGGCCAUCACCUACUACCUGAAGUACCACCUGCUGAAAUCGCCGCACGGCGUGGUUGUGACAAACCCACCAAUAUUCCCAGGGGACAGGAUUUUAGAGACUGGAGAGAUCAUGCCACCCCUGAGAGAUGAGCUCCACAAGCACCACUGAUGGCCAGGAGCCAAUUUCCUCCUUGGUGAGAGCUGCACCUGCUUUGUCUCUUCCAUAAAAGAGUCUUUAUUCUA